GAGGCGUGACACCGGCUUGCGCGUUCACGGCCCAUCUCUCUCCUUUCGCAGCGGCUCCGUGGGAGGAAAAAGGGAGGACACGUCACGCGCACCGUCCUCCGCGGAACAAGGCUCGAAGAAGACUCGCCAGGGAGGCUCCAGGAAGUGUCCCGCGGGAUAUUGUGGCUUCGCUCGGUGCUUGAAACCAGCAGGACCAGGCAGGCAGGACCAGGCAGGCAGGCGGGGGGGCGGCGCAGCCAUGGAGGGGAUGCAGGCGUACGGAGCUGGGAAAGCCGGAGGAGCCUUCGACCCCGUCACCUUCUUCCAGCAGCCUCAGACCAUACUCCGCAUUGUGUCGUGGCUCUUCUCCAUCGUCAUCUUCGGCUGCAUCGCCAACGAGGGCUACAUCAACCGUCCCAACGAGGUGGAGGAGUUCUGCAUCUUCAACCGCAACCAGAGCGCCUGCAACUACGGCGUCUUCAUGGGUUCCAUGGCCUUCCUGUGCUGCGUGGUCUUCCUGGCCCUGGACAUCUACUUCCCACAGAUCAGCAGUGUCAAAGACCGCAAGAAGGCGGUGCUGGCCGACAUCGGGGUGUCAGCGUUCUGGUCCUUCAUGUGGUUUGUGGGCUUCUGCUUCCUGGCCAAUCAGUGGCAGGUGACCGACCACGAUGACGACCCGCUGAGGGAGGGCGGGGACGCCGCCCGGGCCGCCAUCACCUUCUCCUUCUUUUCCAUCUUCACCUGGGCGGCCCAGUCCUUCCUGGGCUUCCAGAAGUACAAGCUGGGGGCCGACUCGGCCCUCUUCUCCCAGGACUACACGGACCCCAGCCUGGACGCGGCCGGGGGCGGGGCAUAUACACCCUUCGGCGGGGACGACCUGGAGAGUCCGGCUGGCGGCGGCGGGGAAGGAGGACUAGGAGGACUAGGAGGAGGAGGAGGAGGAGGAGGGCAGGCCGGCGGCGACGGCGUGUUCGACGGCACCGCGGGAUACCAGCGCCAGGACUACUGAGGGGGCGGAGUAAACAGGGACAAGGAACUUGGGCUGAAGACAUCAGGGCUUGGACUUCAGAGGAUGUCACCCUGCGGCGGGACGGUGCUGGUGACCACAUUGCCUUCACACACACACACACACACACACACACACACACACACACACACUUCCAGUUUUGGCUGUCAAAAGACACAGUGUUGCUAAGUCGUCCCCACACACAUCAGGGGUGCCCAAACUUUUUCCACUGAGGGCCACAGACUGACAAAUCAAAGGAUGCGGGGGCCAUUUUGCUACUUUUCACCUUCAAAGAACUAGAAAAGGCAAUUUCAGUUAGCAUUUAAUUAGUGUGAAUGCUGAAGUUAAGUUAAAGAUAAGUUAAGUUAAAGUAGCAAUGAUUGUCACACACACUAGGUGUGGUGAAAUUUGUCCUCUGCAUUUCACCCAUCCCCUUGUUCACCCACUAGGGAGGGGAGGGGAGCAGUGAGCAGCAACGGUGGCCGCGCCCGUAAAUAAAAAAAACCUAGCAUGCUAACAUGCAUAUCUAAAUAAUAGCAUGCGGGACACAUAGCAUCAAAUAACAAAGAAUUUAAGCUAUAAAAGCUAACAUGCAAAUAAUAGCAUGCUGGCCACAUAGCAUCAAGCAACAAAUAAUUUGAGCUAAAGAAGAUAGCAUGCUAACAUGCUAAAUAUAGCAUGCUGGCCAUAUAGCAUCAAGCAACAAAUAAUUUGAGCUAAAGAAGAUAGCAUGCUAACAUGCUAAUAAUAGCAUGCUGGCCACAUAGCAUCAAGCAACAAAUAAUUUGAGCUAAAGAAGAUAGCAUGCUAACAUGCUAAAUAUAGCAUGCUGGCCACAUAGCAUCAAGCAACAAAUAAUUUGAGCUAAAGAAGAUAGCAUGCUAACAUGCUAAUAAUAGCAUGCUGGCCACAUGACAUCAUGUAAUAUAGAAUUUGAGCUAAAAAAAAUUGCAUGCUAACAUGCUAAUAAUAGCAUGGUGGCCACAUAGCAUCAACUGACAAAGAUUUUGAGAUUUAAAAAAAAGCUAACAUGCUAAUAAUAGGAUGCUGGCCACAUAGCAUCAAGCAACAAAGACCUUGAGCUAAAAAAGGCAGCUUGCUAAAAUACUAAUAAUAGCAUCCUGGCCACAUAUCACCAAGUCACAAAGAAUUUGAGCAAAAAAAAAGGCUAAAAUGCUAAUAAUAGCAUGCUGGCCACAUAGCAUCAAGUAACAUAGAAUUUGAGCUAAAAAAAAAGAUAGCAUGCUAACAUGGUAAUAAUAGCAUGCUGGCCACAUAGCAUCAAGUAACAAAGAAUUUGAGAUUUAAAAAAAAGCUAACAUGCUAAUAAUAGCAUGCUGGCCACACAGCAUCAAGCAACAAAGAAUUUGAGAUAAAAAAGCUAGCUUGCUAAAAUGCUAAUAAUAGCAUCCUGGCCACAUAUUAUCAACUCACACAGAAUUCAGCUAACAUGCUAACAAUAGCAUGCUGGCCACAUAGCAUCAAGAAACAAAGAAUUUGAGCUAAAAAAGCUAUCAUGCUAACACGCUGAUAAUAGCAUGCUGGCCACAUAGCAUCAUGCAACAUAGAAUUUGAGCUAAAAAAACAAAACAAAAAGAUAGCAUGCUAACAUGCUAAUAUUAGCAUGCUGGCCACAUAGCAUCAAGUAACAAAGAAUUUGAGAUUUAAAAAAAAGCUAACAUGCUAAUAAUAGGAUGCUGGCCACAUAGCAUCAAGCAACAAAGACCAUCCAUCCAUCCAUUUUUCUACCGCUUAUUCCCUCUCGGGGUCGCGGGGGGCGCUGGUGCCUAUCUCAGCUACAAUCGGGUGGAAGACCUUGAGCUAAAAAAGCUAGCUUGCUAAAAUGCUAAUAAUAGCAUCCUGUCCACAUAUCAUCAAGUCACAAAGAAUUUGAGCUAAGAAAAAAAAAAGCUAACAUACUAACAAUAGAAUGCUGGCCACAUCGCAUCAAGUAACAGAGAAUUUGAGAUUAAAAAAAAGCUAGCAUGCUAUUAUGCUAAUAAUAGCAUGCUGGCCACAUAGCAUCAAGUAACAUAGAAUUUUAGCUAUAAAAAAAAGAUAGCAUGCUACGAUGCUAAUAAUAGCAUGCUGGCCACAUAGCAUCAAGUAACAUGGAAUUUUAGCUAUAAAAAAAAGAUAGCAUGCUACGAUGCUGAUAAUAGCAUGCUGGCCACAUAGCAUCAAGUAACAAAAAAUUUGAGAUUUAAAAAAAAGCUAGCAUGCUAAUAAUAGCAUGCUGGCCACACAGCAUCAAGCAACUAAGAAUUUGAGCUAAAAAAUCUAUCUUGCUAAAAUGGUAAUAAUAGCAUCCUGCCCGCAUAUCAUCAAGCAACAAAGAAUUUGAGCUAAAAAAAAAUGCUAACUUGCUAACAAUAGCAUGCUGGCCAAAUUGCAUCAAGUAACAGAGAAUUUGAGAUUGAAAAAAAAAGCUAGCAUGCUAACAUGCUAAUAAUAGCAUGCUGGCCACAUAGCAUCAAGUAACAUAGAAUUUUAGCUAAAAAAAAAAAAAGAUAGCAUGCUAACAUGCUAAUAAUAGCAAGCUGGCCACAUAGCAUCAAGUAACAAAGAAUUUGAGAUUUAAAAAACAAAGCUAGCAUGCUAAUAAUAGCAUGCUGGCCACACAGCAUGAAGCGACAAAGAAUUUGAGCUAAAAAACCUAGCUUGCUAAAAUGCUAAUAAUAGCAUCCUGGCCACAUAUCAUCAAGUAACAAAGAAUUUGAGCUAAAAAAAAAAAAAGCUAACAUACUAACAAUAGCAUGCUGGCCACAUUGCAUCAAGUAACAGAGAAUUUGAGAUAAAAAAGCUAGCAUGCUAAUAUGCUAAUUAUAGCAUGCUGUCCACAGAGCGUCAAAUAACAAAGAAUUUGAGCUAAAAAGCUAACAUGCUAAUAAUACAAUGCUGGCCGCAUAGCAUCAAGUAGCAAAGAUUUUGAGAUUUUAAAAAAAUAGCAUGCUAAUAAUAGCAUGCUGGCCACAUAGCAUCAAGUACCAAAGAAUUUGAGAUUAAAAAAAAAACUAGCAUGCUAAUAUGCUAAUAAUAUUAUGCUGGCCACAUAGCAUCAAGUAACAAAUAAUUUGAGCUAAAUAAGCUAGCAUGCUAACAUGAUAAUAAUAUUAUGCUGGCCACAUAGCAUCAAGUAACAAAGAAUGUGAGAUUUAAAAAAGCAACGUAGCAGGCUAACAUACUAAUAAUAGCAUGCUGGCCAAAUAGCAUCAAGUAACAAAGAAUUUGAGCCCAAAAAGCUACCUUGCUAACAUGCUAAAAAUAGCAUGCUGGCUGCAUAGCAUCAAGUAACAAAGAAUUUGAUCUUUAAAAAAAGCUAGCAUGCUAACAUGCUUAUAAUAGCAUGCUUACAGUUAGCAUUAUUGAAAUAUCAAGCUGUAUGUCACUAAGGUGUGCACUUGCUAAAUUAGCUUUAAAAUACGUAGCAUGCAUAAUGUUAGCAAAGGCUAACUGAAGCAUGGGUCAAGCACCAAAAUAUAUUCCUCUGCAAUGUGUAUUUGAAAAAUUUUAUUUAAAAAAUGCUAGCAUGGUAACGUCAAGUACUGACAUGCUAAAAAAAAAAAAAUUUAAAUGCUAACCUACUAACGUUAGCAUACUAGCAGGUAGCAUUUGUCAUUUAACAAAAUAUCUGACACUGCAAAAUUUGCAAAAAAAUUAAAGAAGUAUCAUGCUAAUAUGAGAAUGCCAACAAUUGGAAGAUAUUGCAUUUGUUGUGUAUUUGCAAAAAAACCUGUUUUCGAUGUCAACAAUGGCAUAAAACAAACACAAAACAACAUAAAAAGAUAAUUGAAAAAAUCAAAUUGGCAGAUAAAUCCGACAUUGAUGUAGAGAUGUAUUGGUUGUAAGUAAAAAUAAUAAUAAUAAAAUUUAGCAUAUUUUUAAAUAUUUCAUUAGUGGAACCCUUUUCUUUAAAACUGUCAUUGUUCAAAAAGUAAUAAUUAAUCAAAAAUGAAUGUUGUUAUUAUUUAUUGGCUUAUUUAGGUCUCCAGUUACUUCACAACAAAUAUUUUACUUUGAUAUAUUUUGGGGGGUAAAUAUUGUAUAUAUAUAUAUAUAUAUAUUUUUUUUUUUUUUGAGGAAAAUGUCAUAAAACAAAACAAAAAAUCCAAAAAGUUUAUAUUGACAUAUCUGAAGUUGAAUUAGAGAUGUAUCGGUUAAAAAUAAUAACAAUAUUAUUACAAUAAUAAUUUUUAACACUUUUAUAAAUGAGGCCCUUUCGGAUCCCUGAGAAUUGUAAUCAUUUUUGUUUAACUGCCAUUGCUCAAAUAUUAGUAAUAAAUCAAUGUUGGGUUUUUUUAGGAAUUAUUGACCCAUUUGAAAUUUUUUGGGUGGGGUGUUUUGCCAUAAAAAUUAGGGUUUUUUUUAGCAAAAUGGGCUUAAAAUACCGUAUAUCCUUGAAUUGCCGAUGGGUAUAUAGUAUGCGCCUGCCUUGAAUUACCGCCUGGUCAAACUCGUGGCGUCACGAAUGACAUUUCUCCUGUCAUCAUUUUCAAAAUGGAGGAGGCUGAUUUCAAUACCGGUAAUUUGAAAUCGCAUAAAGGGAAGAAGAUUAAGAGCUAUUCUGUAGGAUUUAAGGUCCUAGCUUACAUCACACUCAAAUUUUUACUGCAUACCUUUGGUAAGUGCCGGAGUGAGAAGAGAUUUUAAAAUAUUUAGCUCAUGCUUACUUUUACCGCAUGCCUUUGGUAAGCGCAGGAGUGAGAAGAGGUUUUAAAUUAAUUAGCGCCCCGGCGGCAAUUCAAGGAAAUACGGUAGACAUCAAAUUUGAUUUAAAAAACUACUUAUUAUCGACAAAAGUUGAUCCAGAGAUUUAUGGGUUGAAAGUAGUAAAAAAUGAAAAAAAUUAUGAAUUAUUUUCCAUCACUUUUAUGAGUGGGGUCCAUGUGUUUGAUUUUUUAAAUAUUUUUAAUUGUUCAAAAAAUAAUAAUGAAUCAAAAUGAACGUUGUUAUAAAUUAGAAUAGAAUAGAAUAGAAAAAAAAGUACUUUAUUGAUCCCUGGGGGAAAUUCAACACCACAGUUCGCUCACAAUAGACAAUAAUAAAUAAUAAUAAUAUAAUAUAUUAUAUUAUUAGUACAAUUACUGAUCUAUACAAGGCUCCAAUGGCUUUUCUGUUUUUGCCAUAAAAACAGGCUUUUUUUUUAAAAAUGUAUUAAUGUUAUUAUUUUUUAUAAUUACUCUUAUUUUUCUUUUAUAUUUUUUUUGUAUUUUUUUGUUGUUUGCUCAAUGCUAAGUGCUUUUUAUAAAUAAAAUCUAUUAUAUUAAUAUUAUUAUUAUUAUUAUUCUACAACGAAACUGGUAUAAAACAUAGUAAAAAUGUUAUAUGGACAGAUAGAUGUGAUUAUAUAAUAAUAAAUUAAUUUCAUUUAUUUUUAAUUAUAUAAAUAAUAAUAAUUACAUAAAUAAAUAAAAUAAUGCAAUUAAAUAUGACUGUUUUUUUAAAUAAUUUUCUGACUGGGAUUUUUUUUAGCAAAAUAAAUAUGUGAAGUUGGAAUAUAAUAAUAAAUAAAAAUAAUUAAAUGUAUUUAUUAUUAAAUAAAUAUUAAUAAUUAAUAAAUUAUUAAUUAUUAAUAAAUAAACUAUUUUUUGGCCAUUUUUUGACUGAGAAAAAAUAUUAUAAUUUAAAUAUUACAAUUAUAAUAUUAUACAAUAAAUAUAUUGGUUUUGAAAAUAAGAAAUGUUUUUAUUUUUCAGUGUGCGGCCCUCAGUGGAAAAAGUUUGGACACCCUGCUUUGAGGUGAACUUAGGAAAAAAAGGGAUUCAUUUCUUUUUUGCACACGUAAUUAAUUGGAUGAAAUGAGUUUUGACGUGUUUGAAAAAAAUUCAUAAUUCGUUUACUACAAUAUUGAAUCUUUCCGCCUAAGACGACAUCAACAGCCUGAGUACGAAACUGCGUCGCUGCAUUUAAAAAGUCAACCAAGUGUAUAAAUAACUACUGUAUAUACAUAAAUAAUACUCUAUGUUACUCUUCAAGAAAUGUAUUUUAGGACAUUCCGCCACGAAAACAAACAAAAAAAGAAAAACACAAGAAAUAAGCUUAAGGGUCAGUUUUUUGGAGUUCCUUUGUGUUGCCUGACGAGAUGUUUUAUUUUUAUUUUUGGAAUAUAAAUAAUAAUUAUAUAACAGUAUACGGAAAGGAAAACAACAACAAAAAUCUGUCAGCAAACUAUGGAAAUAUAUAGAAGUGCUUUAUAUACUGUGCAAGUGUGUAGAUGUAGACGUGUGUGACCUUGCCUGUCCAAAUAUGUUUCUGACACCAGAAAAGGUGCAAUGUAAAGGUGUGUAUAUUUUUUUUUAUGUCUUUGACUUGAACUAUUAGAAAUAAAGAGACGUUAAACCUG